GCAGCCGAGACGGCGUGUCGAAGACAGCUGCCUUGUUUCAGGUGUCACCACAGAGACCCACGAGCUGUACGCCCCCUUCAUGAGGCAGCUGUCUCACUGCAUCUUCGAGGUGGACUCGGGAGAUGCCCGCCGUCUAACUGAGGCUAAGCGGUCCCAGCUGGAGGGGCAGCACGGGAUGGUUGGCCUGAGUGACGCCGAGGUCGUCAGGAGGAUCACCAGGGAGGAGUGGAGGCUCCACUGUCGUCGUCGGACACGUGGAGCCGAGGAGUCGACACUCCUCAUCCAGGAACUCCUCGACACCUUCGGCGGACCAGCCGGGCACAACACCCUGGACAUCCCGUUGCUGGAUGCUCUCCGCAUCCAGGAAAUUUGGAGGACGCAGAGGCCCCACCUCAGCUGCAUCCAGGACCCACCGGGCGUGCAGCUGUACACCCAGACGGGCAGGCUGACAAAGGGCGGAGUCAGCCUGCCCGUUUAUCGCUGCGCGAGGGGCUCCACGUCUCUGGAGUCCUUCCACCUCCACCUCAACCGGUUCAUCCCAGGGACGCGAGCCAGUGCUAUGCACUUCCAGGCGUUCCUGGUCGAUGGACUGGCGAGGUGGAACGAGGACCGCGCAGCAGCAGCUGCACCCCCGGUCGCGGCUGAGGAACAGGUGGGACCUCUGCACUCCUACAGUGGCCACCUCAAGCACGUCCUUAACCAGAAGAGCCAACGGGUGCUUGGCCUUCCCAUGGUUAAGGACUUCACCAAGCCUGCUGAGUACACAGGGGAGCUCAUCGGGGUUGAGUACCUGUACCAGCAGACGGGCAGAGUGCUUGAGGUUGUCAGCUUGGACCCUGACACUCCGGACGAGGCUGCUGCCAUCGAGUCCCUUGGGGAGGACGAGGACGAGGGUAUCGGGGAGGACGUUGAGGACCCAACGAUCUUCGAGCCCCAUACCCUCUCCGCCAGCACAGUGGCAGCAGCUCGGUCAGGUGAUCCAGCUGACGCACCCCCGUCUGAGCCAUCCGGUCCGGCCGCCCCUCAGCGACGUGCCUCUGCCGAGGCCCCAGAAGGUCCUGCUUCCACGCAGUCCUCCUCAGAGUCUGAGGAGGAGAUGGAGGGGCCUGAUGGUCAGCCAGGAUACCAGCAUGUCCUGAGGCUGGCCCAGGCCCUGCUGGAAGCACGGAGCCUUCUGGGGCUUUCUGACAAGAGGGUAGACAGACUCAUCGUGCUCUGGAAUCGCCUGCCAGAGCACGACAGGGGGCGAGUCGACUACCCUCCCAGAUUCCGGGAGAGGCAGCCUAAGGGGCGGUUCAAGGCAGGGAAGGGGAAAAACACCCCCUUCCCUGGAAAGGAGAGUCUCCAACGUUGUCUUCUCGGACCGUACUCGGGCCCUGCAAGCUGGCCCAGCACCAGUCGCCUGGUGGAGGCCAUUUGCAGCCAGCUCUGCCGGCUCUACCCUUCUGACACACGGGUUUUGGGGGUCAAGAGGACUAGGUGGUCCGUCCUCUUGCCGGACUACGUGGCCAUCAAACGGCAGUGCUGGCCAGCCCGAGGCUGA